UUGAUUACAGCGCUGACAGAGUGAUGCCCCUGAAAGUUCUCGUUCAACAUGAACCCAAAUGGAAAUCAUGAAGAUGAUGCUGCCCUUGACGGACUCGAGCUACAAUAAUUAUAGUCCUUGUGACCGACAGUAGGCAACGGAGCCAAGCGAUUCAAAACACCAGGAUAGGGAUCAGGCCACCGGUAGUAUAUAUAUCAUCUCGACUUGCUCCUGAGCAUAUCAGAUUCGCGAGAGAGAGAGGAAAAUCUCCUCGUCAUGGCGAUGCAUCCUUACUGUCCUUCGUCCCUCCUCCUGCCCGAUUUUGUUCCCAUCGAGUACUCCCCCGCAAGGAUCUCUCUCGUUCUCUGCUCGUAUUCCGCCAUAAUUUUCGCUAUUGGCUGGAAACUAUCAGGUACGCGCAGACAUCUGGGCACAUUUGAUCGCUUGCUCGUGAUCUGGUUUACGACCACAGGACUCGUGUACAUUUUUAUGAAGGGUUACUGGGUCUUCACUCCUGACUUUUACGAACAUCGGCCUUCACAGCCCGUGACGAGGUUUAUCAAUGAAUUCUGGAAGGAGUAUGGAAAAGGUGAUUCGAGAUUUAUAUCCAGAUUUUCCGCCCUCGUGGUGACUGAAGGCUUCACUGCUGUUGUAGAGGGGCCGGCAUCUCUCCUCGCAACAUAUGCAAUUUUAUACAACAAGCCAUACGCGCAUCCACUGCAGUUUGCUGCUUCGCUGACCAAGUUUUAUAAUGGCUUUAUAUACUUCACAACUGCGUAUCUUGCACGGACAAGCUUCAACGUCCCAGGGCCAGUGUACUUCUGGGGGUACUUUGUAGCUGUCAAGGGGAUUUUCGUAGUGGUUCCCUUCGUGAUUGUCUGUCGUUCAUGGAUUUACCUGGUGGAGGCAUUCGCAUCAAAGAACAGCUCUGGGAGAACUUCUUUGGAGAAGAAGCAUUUCUGAUUGUGUACAAAAGGUGAUCGUAAAAUGUUACCUGGAAGUUAGUUGUAUACAUAAUACGAUUCCAGUUUCCGAAUCGUUGUAGGAUCUGUCGAAAGCAUUCUGGAAUGUUGACAAUUUUCGAAAUCUUGAGGGUUUUCAGUGUUUCAGGGCCCAUGUGCUCCAUGGAAUGAAAUCAUAAUCCUGCAUACUCCUCUGUCUCUUCCUGACUUUUAAUUCUUUGGCAGGUGCCUCGAUUCUAGAGAAGAGAUCUUGACCUAACUUCUCUUGUUAGAUAAUGUACG